AUGCACGAAUUAUUUGAUUUAAUUGUGGGUGUCAGUACGGGCGCUGUGAUUGCUACGUUAAUUGGUGCUAAAAAGAUGAGCAUUGCAGAGGCUUUACAAACAUAUAGUGAAGUAUCUAAAAAAUUGUUUAAUUAUGGAAUUUUUGGACGUAUUUCACAUACAAAAAAGAAUUCACAAUUAUUUGAACAAAUAUUAAAAGAGGACGGCGGAGUUCUUAUGAAUAAUCCAACAGCUAUAGCUUUGCAUGAGGCGCGUCAGCUUUGGCCCAGAAACCACCUGCAGUGCAUAAUUUCUGUUGGUAAUGGAAGAGUUAUGUCUAAGGUGGACCCCGAACCAGAACCAUAUUCUUGGAGUAAGCUAUAA